AGAGAGAGAGAGAGUGAGUGAGUGUGUGUAUGUGUGUGUGUUUGUGUGGUACGCGAUAGAAGAAGUAUGUCAGUGAGCGGGUUUUGAUCAAAAGGUGAAAUCAAAAGAAAUGCUGCGGUGCUGUUUGGUGCCGAUUUUAAAAGAAAAGAUAGAAAAGAUAGAUAGAUAGAUAGAUAGAUAGAUAGAUAGAUAACUGUGCGAAGUGAAAAGAUCGAACGGUUUUGGUUAUCGAUGCGCAGGGAACGGUUAUUCUACUUCCUGCUGCCUAACAUUUUCAUGAAAACGAUCGUGACCAUUAGCGGAAGAAGAAGAAGGCUUUUCUUUCUUCGAAAAAACUCGAAUAGUAGUAACUCGAUACGUGAUAAAGAAAUAAACGAGAAGAGGAAGAAGAAGAAGAAGAAGAAUAAAAGAAAAAAAGGAAGAAUAUAGAAUUGUUAAUAAUUCGAAUCAACGAUAAUGGAUGCCUUGGAAUUGCAAGCUGCCCUGGUGAAGUUGGAUCCGGCGACUACGGUGACGCCGAUCACUUCGAAUGUCAAACUGAUGUCGUCUCACCAUCGUAUUGCCUUUGCUGUCGACGUAGACGAUGACGAUCUUACCCUAAGAAGAAAUACUUUGGAAGUCGAUGAAAAACAGUCGAUCGGUGUUGGUAAUUGCUCAUCAUCAAGCGUUGAACAUCAACAGAGUUCUUCAUCGACUAUUACCACUACCUCGAGCACCGGGGGAACGGUUACGAAUGCUACGAGGAAACUUCAGAACGCGAAUUGUGGUGGCGCCAGUCUGACGAUGACUACUACUACUACUAAUACUACUACCCAUCAGAAUCAUCAUACCAGCCAACAACAGAUGGGGGUGUCCAAGUGUAAUCUCGUCGAGGUCAGGUGACGCCAGCC